UGAGUGUAUAUUGAUGCGCUGUGCACGCCAUCACGUGUUCACACGUACGAUCGAAUGGACUUUGUGCCGUGUGGGAUAGUUAAUUGCUGUUAUUCGCACUAUAAUUAAAUGGCAACUGAAAGGAAAGGGACUUUCAAAGUCCAGUAUCUUCAACAAAUUGAGAAGGAAAUACAGGCAAAAUGGGAGGCCGGGAAGGUGUACGAAGAGAACGCACCUUCGAAAGGUGAAAAGUCGUCGGAUGAAAAGUUUCUCGCGACUUUUCCGUAUCCUUACAUGAAUGGACGUCUCCAUCUGGGUCAUACUUUUUCAUUGUCAAAGUGUGAGUUCGCAAUUCGGUACAAUCGUCUCCUUGGGAAAAAAGUGCUUUUUCCUUUUGGCUUGCAUUGCACUGGUAUGCCUAUUAAGGCGUGUAGCGAUAAGCUGAAAAGAGAAAUAGAAUUAUAUGGCUGUCCACCACAGUUUCCUGAGAACUUGGAGACGGUAGAGGAACAAGUUGAUGAUGAUGUAGUACCCAAGGAUAAGAGCAAAGGGAAAAAGAGUAAAGCAAUAGCUAAGGUAGAUUCAGCCAAAUAUCAAUGGCAAAUUAUGCAAUCUCUUGGCUUAAAGAACGAGGAAAUCAAGAAUUUCACGGAUGCUGCGUACUGGCUCGAUUAUUUUCCACCACUUGCUGUGCAAGACUUAAAAUCCAUCGGGCUACACGUGGAUUGGCGAAGAACCUUCGUUACAACGGACGCAAAUCCAUUUUACGAUUCUUUCGUACGCUGGCAAUUUAAGCAUUUGAAGUCUAGGAACAAAAUUAAGUACGGAAAGAGAUACACCAUUUAUUCACCGAAAGAUGGGCAGCCUUGCAUGGAUCACGAUAGAUCCUCCGGCGAAGGCGUCGGGCCGCAAGAGUACACGUUGAUCAAAAUGAAAGUGCAGGAGCCUUAUCCUCAGCAACUUAAGAAAUUGGAUGAUAAGCCGGUCUACCUCGUGGCCGCGACUUUGAGACCCGAGACAAUGUAUGGCCAAACAAAUUGCUGGGUGCAUCCAGAUAUGAGUUAUAUCGCGUACGCUUUGGCCUCCGGGGACGUGUACAUUUCUACGGAACGUGCGGCAAGGAAUAUGUCCUAUCAAGAUUUCUUCCAAGAAGAAGGAAAGAUAGACGUUCUCCUGAAGCUCACGGGCAAAGAUUUAUUAGGACUACCGUUGGAAGCUCCUCUCACUUGUAACAAGGUGAUCUACGCAUUGCCGAUGUUGACGAUAAAAGAAGACAAAGGUACCGGUAUCGUAACUUCCGUCCCCAGCGACUCGCCCGAUGAUUAUGCCGCACUGAUAGAUCUGAAGAAGAAGCAGCCACUCAGAGAGAAGUACGGGAUCGCCGACGAGAUGGUGUUGCCGUACGACCCAAUUCCGAUCAUCGAGGUUCCGGAACUCGGGGAUUUGGUGGCGGUGAAACUAUACGACCAGUUGAAGAUCCAGUCGCAAAAUGACAAGGUUAAACUCGCCGAGGCGAAGGAGAUAGCAUACUUGAAGGGAUUUUACGACGGUGUGCUGUUGGUAGGCCCGUACAAGGGCAAGAAGAUACAGGAUAUCAAGAAGCCAAUUCAGAAGGAGAUCGUCGACAAUGGCGGGGCAGUGAUCUACUAUGAACCGGAGAAGACUAUCAUUUCCAGGUCGAAUGACGAAUGUGUAGUGGCUCUCUGCAAUCAGUGGUAUUUGGAUUACGGCGAGGAGAACUGGAAGAAGCAGACAUUGGAGGCUUUGAAGAAUCUUGAUACCUUCCACGAUGAAGUCAGGAAGAAUUUCGUUGCUUGUCUUGAUUGGCUUCACGAGCACGCGUGUUCCCGAACGUACGGGCUCGGCACCAAGUUGCCGUGGGAUGAGAACUGGUUGAUAGAAUCUCUGUCCGACUCUACUAUAUACAUGGCUUACUACACAGUAGCGCAUUUCUUACAAGGAGGAACGUUCAAAGGGGACAAGCCUAACAUAUAUGAGAUAAAGGCAAGCGAUAUGAUUCCGGAAGUGUGGGACUAUAUCUUCUUCAAGGAUGCUAAGUUGCCGAAGUGCAACAUAAAGAAAGCGGUUUUAGAAGAAAUGAGACGCGAGUUCCAGUACUGGUACCCGGUAGAUCUGAGAGUAUCGGGGAAGGAUUUGGUGCAAAACCAUCUCACCUACUUCCUCUAUAAUCACACAGCGAUAUGGCCGGAUCAGCCUGAAUUGUGGCCGCGAGGGAUUAGGGCAAACGGUCAUCUGCUCUUGAAUUCAGCGAAGAUGUCCAAAUCGGAAGGCAACUUUCUAACGCUCGCCGAGGCAGUGGAUAAAUUCUCAGCCGACGGGAUGCGCCUUUGUCUGGCCGAUUCCGGCGAUUCCGUGGAGGAUGCGAAUUUCGUCGAGAGCACAGCCGACGCGGGAAUUCUCCGAUUGUACAAUUUCAUAGAAUGGGUCAAGGAGGUGUUAACUACGAAAGAUUCCUUUAGAUCCAGAGAACCGUGCACCUUCAACGAUCGAGUUUUUGAGAGCGAGAUCAAUUGGAAAAUUCGGGAGACCGGCGAGAAUUACUCACGGAUGCUCUACAAGGAGGCACUUAGAACCGGAUUUUUCGAGUUUCAAGCGGCUAGGGAUAAAUAUUUGCAAUUGAGUACAUUAGAUGGCAUCAAUCGGACACUUAUUAUGAAGUAUAUAGAACUUCAAGUUGUUAUCUUAUCUCCCAUCUGCCCGCAUGUUUGCGAGUACAUAUGGGGGCUUAUUGGUAAGAACGGGAGCGUACUGAACGCAAAAUGGCCCACAGUGGGAACAAUCAACGAAAUUCUUAUCAAAUCGUCGCAAUAUCUGAUGAGUGCGGCCCAUACGUUUAGAAUUCUUUUGAAGAAUUAUAUGACGCCGAAGAAGCCUUCGAAGGGGAAGAACGAUGCCUCCGCCACUGAGAGACCCACGCAAGGAAUUAUUUGGGUGGCCAAGACUUACCCACCUUGGCAAAGUGUCGUCCUCACGACCAUGAGAGAGAUGUAUUCUAAAAACGGGGAUAAGUUACCCGACAAUAAAGAACUCGCCACGGAGUUGGGAGGUAAGAACGAGCUGAAGAAGUACAUGAAACGAGUAAUGCCGUUCGCGCAGCUCAUGAAGGAGAAGGUGGAGAGCGUCGGUCUCAGCGCGCUGAACUUGACGCUCGACUUUAACGAGUUCGAUGUGCUCGAGAACAACAAGGACUAUCUCAUAAAUACAUUAGACCUUGACGAGAUUAUCAUAAAGUACACGGACGAGGCCCCGGAGAAGACGAAGGAAGAAUGUUGCCCCGGCGCUCCGUACAUGAGUUUCUUCAAGAAGGCUGCGGUUUCACGCGUUAUGAACGUUACUAAUCCACAAAGAUACAGUGGUUUGUUUGAAGUGUCCGUGAGCGUCUCACAAGCUGAUACGGCUUCGGACGUCAUAUUUCGUAUUGUGAAACAAUUCAAACACAUAAAAGAUCCCGCUUUGAUCUCACUGUAUCGCUACGAGGAUCCGAUCAUGGGAGCGAGAACGAGACUAGUGCCCGGGGAGGACAUAUUCAAGGGGAAGAUUGAAAUUCCAACGGAUUCUGCAUUUAAUAUAAACGCGGAAACGGGCGAUGUCGAGGUGAACGUUGCGGGUAACGUGUACCCGGUAGGCGAGAAAUUAGUAUACAUCGAUAAAUCUUUGGAAAAGUAAGCGUUGCGUUUGACUUCGCCGAGAAACGCUGCUUUUCGUUAUACUGAUAUGUAAGAAUAUAAAUGAUAAGUUAGUGAGAAGAUGAUGAAAAGGCUAGCUGUACGGGGUAGGUCCACUGAAUAGUAUCGGACGAGAAGUGAAAGUGCGUCAAAAAGAAAGGGGCAAUUAUAUUCAGAUGAGAAAAUAAUUAAUUUUGUAACACACGAUAUAUCGCAAACGAUGAGAGAAGCAUGCAAGAGUCCUCAUGAUAUUUAAUCAGCUUGAUAACAAACAUCUCUUUAUUCAUACACACUCGACAGAUGAUGUUCUUUCAUUUAGGAGAUUACAUUUUCUCAAUAAAAAGAAGUAUCUUAUUAAAA